AUGGAGCAUCCGCGCCCCGUGCUCCCAUCUCAGCGUUACUCCCCUUCGCCUGUCUACAGCUACGAUAGCAGACGAUGCACACCAACCGGCAGGCAGCCACUGAGGGAGUCAACGGGCAACGCCCAGACUGGAUCUCACCUGGGGAGUCUGGCCUCGUCGUGCCGCAACAGCCCUUUGGGCCUCUUCUCUCCGGGGCUUACCAACAUCCCUACUCCUCCUGUCGUGCCUUCGCAAGCUGGGGCAAGCUACCGGAGCAGUGGUAGCCUUCGGAGGCCAGAUGCUCUGCACCUAGCUGCGAGACGAGGACGACAUGACAUCAACCCCAUCUACUAUGCUCCCGAGUUUCGCCCUUACCGGGACAAGCAGGACCAGAAAGACCCCAAUGAAAAGCAAAUUUGGCCUCGUGUACUGGAGGAUGCGUUCCUUGACUCACUGCUUAUCAUUCCCCACAUGGGAAGGAAGAAGUAUAGCAUGCAAGGAAAGCAAUUUGGACGCAACAUGCUCAUCAGCGAGUACCUCUGGAUUGCCUACUGUUGCAGCUUGCAGCCCGGGCAGAAGGCUGAGGAGAGAAAACGAAAGCAAGUAUCCAGCCACAUUCAAGUUGUAAAGAAAAUGUUUGAGAAGCACAGAUGCUAUCACUUUUUUUUCGUCAAGGAUCCCGACAAGAGCGAGGCCCGUCUUAAGGACAACCUGGAAAUGGCCUCCUUCAAAGACAACCCAGUCCUGAUUGCCCUUUCCGAGAGCCGUCUCCCGGACGUCCGACCCAACUACGAGUACUUUGCCCAGAUUCUGGCCAUGGACUCUCUUGUUGUCAUGCGCCCCAAGACGGCCUGGAUCUUCGUUGCCUCGUCCGGCGUGAGGAUCGAGGAAAACGGCGACGCCUACGACCAGAACGGCAAACUCCUCGACCACGAGUACUACCCCCACUUGGAGAAGAACCUGCACAAGGAAGACGGCCUUUCUCGCGGCCUCAACGGCAGCGUUCUUCUGCACGAGUACAACCGCGAGCUUGCGCAAAAGGAAUCUGCCGCGGUGACAGAGCUGUCUCAGGAAUGGGAAGCCAAGUUCACCCCUCUGCACAAGUCGCUCGAGUACGCCAUCGCCGACAACAAAUGGCUUGACAUCCUGGAGAUGAAUGUGACUCUCGAGAUCCAUCCCCGCAGCAACUUUCCCGCUGGCUCCGAGCUCAACGGCUUCGUCGAGCUUAGCAUCUCCCAGCCUGCGCUCCAAAACCACAGGUGGAAGUGCGUCACCAAGCUCGCGCGACCGGAGGAACUCCGCCGUGGCGAGAACGAGCCCUGCGUAGUCGAGCAGACGAGCGAGGUCGGUGUGCAGUACACACACAGGCCCGGAUGCCAAGACAACAAGUUCGACUGCGACUGCCGCUCCCGCCCCAGACAAGAUGUGCGAGUCCCGUUCCCCGCAGCCGAGUGGGCGAGCAUCCUCAGCACCUGCGCGGGAUACCUCGAGCCGGUCGAGAACAAGACCAAGAUUGAGGAUGACGACGAGAGGGUCAAGGCCGCCGAAGAGGCCGCCCUCGAGGCAGAGCGCACCACGGCAGAGCUGAUCCAGCAGGUCGGCAUGUUCCAAGAGCUCUGGUCUGCUCCACCGGACAACAACGCCGACCGUCGUGUCUGGACUCGCCGCGGCAUCAUCCUCUGGAAGUUCCGCACCAUCCACGCCUUCGACGACAAGUGGAACCCCAUCUUCGAGAAGCCGGCUGCGCAGAAGGGUAAGCGCCCGGCGGACGAGGAAGGCGACGAGCACACUGGCUCCUCUCGUCGCGGAGGAGGAGGCCGACCCAAGCGGGUCUUCAACCCCCCCGGCACGACCUGGCGCUUCCUGACGGCGCUCGACCCAGUCUCGCAAGCCCAUCAACAGAACGUCUGCGUCAACCCCGCCGCCGCUCCGAGCCGCGACAUGCUCAUGGCCCCCACACCCCCCUACUCCCACCACCUCGCCGCCGUCAUGAACGACAAUAUGAGCUCUGCCUGGGAGUCCGUCACCAUGCCUGGCCAGCUGCCGAGCCUCGCAUCAACCGGCACCCUCGGCCUCAUGGACAGCUUCUCACACGGACUGGCCACACCUCCCCCGACGGCAUCCAUCCACUCGUCUUACGCAAGCAGCUACGACGGCAGCCACGAGCUGGCUGGCGGGUCGCACCAUCAACUCGACUUCCUGGCCGGGACUUGCACGACGUCCAUGGACAGCCAGAGCACCUUGAUCACCGACAUGGCGCCGACCCCGGCCGACCCGUUCCUGUCAGCGACGGCGGGCAUCCAGGUUUCAAAUGGCGUGGGCGUCGGCGUGUACGAUGACGCGGACUGCGAGGGGAUCUCCGAGUGGGACACCGCGCCCUCCUUCCACAGCCUGCCCCAGUGGAACGGAUGGAGCGAGGCAGCAUCGGACGCAAAGACGCAGCAGUGGCAGAACGAGAACCAACGCGCCACGGCGGCCAACUCCAACCUGUGGGCAGGAGAUAGCAGCAAAGACCACCACCACCACCACCAACACCAGGCUUGGAACCAGCAGCCGUGGGCCCAGGCCGUCUCGGCAGUCGCUGCCGUGGCCGGCACGGACGGCAGGUCCGGAUGGUCACCUGCGGAUGGGCUGCCCUCCCUGGACUCGAUCAGCCCGCUCAAGUCCCUCACCGGCAGCAGGAAGAGGGCACGCUCCAACAGCCUGGACAUGGAGAGCCGGGAGAACUUCCCCGCGACCGCCAUUCAGAAGCUGGUGCAUCACCGAGCGCCGGCAGCCGUCAUGGACGAGGGUAGUCACGGACAUCGGAGUUGGGACUGA